UCACGGAUUUUCACAGCCCCCGGUGUCCUUAUGGAAUUGUGCAUGAUCCGGCCUUUGUGAUCACCCUUCCCCGGCGCGGAUGUUGGGGCCUGCAGCAAAGGGGAGGGUGAUGACAAGAGGCUGAAGCAGAGCCGGUGGUAGGACCUGAAAAACGGCAGGAUAAUGGAUAACUAAGGGGGAAGAGCUCAGGGUGAAUGGUUCAUUGAUCAUUUUGUCCUAUCUAUUCAUUGUGACUGGAGAAAGAAUAUAAAAUAGAUCCAUUAUAGAAUGGAGGAAGUUUAAGAAAAAAACAUUACUGGAUAUUGUGUAUACACAUUGGAUGUGAAGACACGGCGUGUUGCAUAACCCCACCUUGUCCCUACGCCUUUCUGACGUCACAAAUGAGACCAUGGGAGUUGGCGGUGAAUAGGUGGCCUCCCUCAGCCCCCAUUAAUCAGCGGAGGUUCUUGGGGCCCUGCAGCACCCCUGUUCACCUCAGAAGAAGCCCUCCAGUAAGGCGUCAGUGGGGACGGAGGGACAGACCUCAGCAGAGUGCCCUCAUUCAGGAUGAAGGUUCUUUGCGCCCUGGCUUCUUUCCUGUAGAUGAACAUAGAGUCUUUGCCCUCACAAGCGCUCCACCGCGAAUGCUCCACCCUGCCCCCCACAGCAAUCAACAGACACCAUUCAUGGUUGACCUUCACGAACAGGUGCACCAGGGAUCCGUCCCUUUAUCAUACACCGUUACAACAGUAACAACCCAAGGCUUCCCCCUGCACACUGGGCAGCACAUCCCGGGGUGCAGCACCCAACAGUUGCCAGCAUGUUCUGUUAUGUUCAGUGGCCAGUACCCACUGUGCUGCCUGCCUCCUCCGUUGAUUCCUGGGUGCACCAUGCAGCAGCUUCCUGUCUCAUACCAGCCGUUCCCCCCUUUGAUCUCCAGCGAGCAUUACAUUUUACAUCCACAUCCACCCUUGUCCCAGCACCAGCCGCCUCAUCUUCCUUCUCUCGCCCCCUUUGUUACAGUGCAACCACAAAGAAUGCCCCUGCAGAGGAUAGACAAUGAAAUGGAUCUUCGUUCAGAACAGCAUCACAUGGGUAACUUCCCUUUCCACCAUUCCCACCCUGUGCCUGCACUACCCCCUUCAGUGCCCAUGCAUUACCUCUCCCAUGAGGCACUGCACCAGGAGCUGUCAUUUCCAGUGCCAUACGCUCAUCUAAUUCCACGGAGACUGAAUGCCCAGAGGUAUCGUUUGCAGCAACCACUGCCUCCUCCCCCGCUGCCACCUUCCUACUACCCCAGCUUUUUGCCCUACUUUCUUUCCAUGCUUCCUGUGUCUCCCACCUCGGUUGGUCCAGCCAUCAGCUUGGAUUUGGAUGUGGAUGAUGUGGAAAUGGAAAACUAUGAAGCACUGUUAAAUCUGGCAGAGCGUCUAGGGGAGGCAAAGCCACGGGGACUCACCAAAGCCAAUAUUGAGCAGCUUCCUUCUUACCGCUUCAAUUCUGAAAGUCAUCAAUCUGAGCAAACACUAUGUGUGGUGUGUUUUAGUGACUUUGAAAGUCGACAGCUCCUCAGGGUGUUGCCCUGUAACCAUGAGUUCCACGCAAAGUGUGUUGAUAAGUGGCUUAAGUCGAACCGCACAUGUCCUAUCUGCCGAGCUGAUGCCUCUGAGACCCACAGAGAUGGGGAGUGAGGAUAGAAUUGUUCCCUCUCGCCUAUUGCCGGUGCACAAACCCUGAGGGAUCAAGAAAAAUAAACCAGCCUCCUUGCCUGACUCGGAUGCUUCAGCUUCCCUCUCCACCUGCAACUGUCCUUCCCGGCUAGGACACAGCAGCUUUGGAUCUGGAGGUGGUGUCAAGAGUCACACAUUCCACUGUCUCCAUUCUAAUACCUCCCCACCCUAAUACUUCCCAGCACUUGCCUGUGCAUUGUCUCACAGUUGUGGGCACGGGGGGGAUUUGAGGUGUGUUGGAGAAGCAUUGUGUUGCAAAUGGGGGAGAGGUUCCUUCCCCCCUUCCCUUUUGAGUGUAGCUGAGGCUAACAGGAAAAGGACUGGGUCGUUAUGGCCAGUGCUAGCCCCCAAAGGGGAUCUGAGGCAUUACCAGGGACACACCCUGUUUAAAUACUUUUGCUGCCAAUCCCUCGUUUUUUGGGGGGGGGGUGUCACAGCUGCUUCUUUGAAUAUGUUUGCACUGAUGUCCCUAGCAGGGACUGUUUUAUUAUUCAUUUUAAUUAUUUUACUAGAGCAGUGGAUUACAGCAUUAACCCCAUUUCUGCAUCUGACUUUGCAUUGGACUUAAUCAGUAAAUGGGUUAACUGUUAAUUUUAACUUCUUUGUUGGCAUUUCUCUUGCAUUUCCCUGAUAUAACACUGUUUUUAUCAUUUGUUUUUACCUCCAAACUUACAUUUCUUAGAAUUUAUUCCUACUACUAUCUCAUGCACCUCAGUGACGAUGAGACCAGCUCUAUAAAUGGUAGAGGAGACAAAAGAAGCCAUGCCUUGCUGGGCAGUAUUGUUCAGCUUCAAAGCCUCUAUUUAUUUUCCAACACUUUUUGUUGUUUUCCCAAGUCUCUAUAACAAAGAUUAGGAAAUCAUGGUAUAAAACCAACUGAGCACAGAUAUAUAGGAUGAAGGUAUACUGGGGAGCGAUUCUAUACACUUCCAAUCUCUCCUUGGUAUGAAUGUAAGAGGCUAUUAAACACUUCAUCACCAGCUCAUAGUUUAAACAAUAACAUUUUUAAGCAUCCUGCUCAUUGCAGAAAAGGUGCAAUAAGUAUAUACACUAUCACAGUUUCACAAAAUUAGUGUAUAGUGGAUUCUAAAGGUUUCUCCUAUCUCUGAGCUUAACGUUUAGUGGACCAACACACAUUUUUUCUUUUCUUUCUCUCUUUUUUUUUAAAUGUAUUUUCUUUAAUUCCUGCUAAAUGUAUUUUCUCAGUAGGUCAACAGUGUGCAGGGGAUGUUUGCCAUCUUCUACCCCCUACCUGCUUAUAUAAACCCUGGUAAUGCCUCUGCAGUAUAUUUUGUUAAGCAGCAGGUCACACACUUGCAGGUUGGUGUGGCACCAUAGAGUACACUUUGUUGCACGCCAAGCUGUGUUAUUGUGAGCGUGUUGCACUCAGCACCCGCAUUUUUCCACCCAAGCUCCCGUUAGAGCCAAUAACAUGGGGGUACCUGGGCGAGCGGCUGCCUUAUUUAUCGAUUUGUAACUGUUUUAGUUCAAGUUUGCAUGAUAGAACAGUGAGAAAAAAUAACUAAAAGCCAGCCAACUAUUUCCGAUCUGUGUGCUCGUUUAACGAUCGGGCAGAAAGAAUCUGUCUCAAUGUUUCACAAUAUGCAUGUCUGAACAGCUUGGAAUAUGGUAUCCGCUAACCCUUGGCCGUCUGUGGAGUGACGUGAGGGGGGUGGGUGGGAUUGGGAUAAGCGUUAUUUAGGGGUAUGUAUCAUGCUGAGCUGAUUACUGCUGUGCACUUGUUCGCCAAGCAGAAGGCACCUGAACUGUUUGUAGGGAUUUGAAUGUCUAGUUGCCUGUAAAGGUCACACUCGGGCAGGGAUUAUGUGUGAUGGGGUGAUUAUAGGCCAAAAUCAUCUGUAAGAAAGUCCAGCAAUACGUUGUAGCUCAAAGAAUUGCUUGACCUGUUAACACUGAAUGUGUUGAUGGAUAAUGCUACUAAAUGUGACUGGUCUAAUUCAGGCUUUUUUUUUUCUUUCUAUUUCUUGAUUUCCUUCUUUACAUGGUGGUUUAAAUUAAACAGGCCAAAUAAACCUAUAAAAUAUCAGGCACUGGAAACGAAGCAGUGAUGGAUGCAAAUACCCUGCUUUGCCUCAGAAUAGAGACUCAAUGAGCCAUUACAAUAAUAACUGUCUCUCAACUAUGUGCCCUAGUGUUUGAACUGUUUAAAGCCACACCCUAAUUAAUGUAGUCUAUUUUCUAAAUAAGGAAUUGUUAGUGAUGGCCAGAUAGGCACCAGAAGGUUAGUCUUUUUUUUUUUUUUAGCUUUAGAUGUCUUCCUCUCCACCGACAUCUUCACAGUUCUCACUGCUAGAGGGAUGGUAUCAUAUAAUUUAUUAUAAAUUUAGAUGCACUGAAAUCCAAACUGUAAUUAUCUUUGAUAUGAUUAAUAAUGCUACAAUUAUGAAUUCUAUGUGUGGUAGCCCUCAAGUUCCAAGAACACCUUCUUCUGUCUGACGGUAUGAACAAUGUGAAUAUAUUUCUGGAGAAAUUUUACACAUUUCUUUUUUCUUAAAUAAAAAAAAAAAAAGAAUCAUUCAAAUUUCAAAAUGCUCUAGCAGUGAUAACAAUGAAUAAUUUAUUGGUUCCAUAUGCUGGGAGCGUGAUUGUAACUUUACCAUUUCCUCCCUCUUUACAAGUAAAUCCCUUGAUUGCUUUUAGCAUUCCAGUCUUAAACUGCCACAAAGGGGCUAGUGGAAGCAGGUCGUUUCUGCAGCAGAGAAAUGGGAUCAAAGCACUUGUUUUACAGCACACGUUACCAAAGGUCUUACUGUAUAUAUCAACAUUUCAGAAUAUCAACCAAUUCAAAACAGACAAUAGCAGUAUCUGCUGCCUAUCCGUUAAAUAUCACUUAUUUGCUGGAGGCACCUGCCAAUCUAUUACAUAUAAUGCCUCCUCCAGCAGACAAGGGGUUAAAAAAAAUCAUCCAUCCUUUGCUCCACCGUAUAGACAUAAGGUUCUUAACCCUAAAACCAUAGCUUGAGUGCUGCUUACCACGUUAAAAUAAGCAGUUGUCACAUCACUAUGAAUAUAAGAUAAGUACAAACCAUUGGUUUAGGAUGUCUGUGAUUGCUGCAUAGAUGCCACUCUUUUUCUUAAAAAUAAGUUUCCUUACCCCUGCAGUGGGAUUUUGUGGACUGUUUACUGUAUCAUCCUAACCUCCUGGACUCCUUACACUGGGCUGCGUUUUCUCUUUCAGUUGUUUCCAAUUAUCCCUACCACUGCUCCUUCCCACUAACAUUCCUGUCCCUAGAGUUGUGGCUUCCCUUACUCAGGGUCCCGGAGGUGUCUUCUGUGUUAGAACUAUAUAUCUAUAUGUGUGUGUAUACAUAUAUAGAUAUAUCUCUAUAUAUAAACUUUUUAUUUUUGGCUUUUGGUACUUGCACAUUUACUGGUUACCUCAUUUCCCAUGUAUGUAUUUGAAAAAAAAAAUGCUAAUAUAUAGAAAAUGGUUCUUAAAGCUAUCAAAGUGUGUUUUUUUCCUCCAUUCCAUUGGAAUCAUAUUGGUUUGUAGCAUUUAACAUAACUAGUAAUAUUGUAUUAUAUAUAUAUGUGUAUACUGAUUGAAAUUUUUAACAGAUUUGUACUUUUUUUAAAAUGAAAGUUGCUAGUUUUGCUUGACCUGGUAGUGCAAUCAUUUAUUUUUUUUAAUGUUGUGGCUGAAUUGAGAGGAUUCUUCACUAAUAAAUGUACAAGGACAAUACCA